UCCUGCUAACAAUCUUUGUCAGAGAGAGAUUGUCCCGUGGCUGCAUAGGUGACUCAGAUGCAUGUCUGAAAUAUGGAUCCUGCAGAGGUGAAGUGGACAGCAAGGGAGUAUUCUCUUCAGGAAUAUGUGAACAACUUCCAAGAUUCUUUUCCCAACAUCAUCAAAAUCACAGAGGGGUUCCUGGGGAAGCAGGAGAUAGACAGUGUCAGUUCUAGCACGGUUAUCAGGGUCAACAGUCUGUACAACCAGCAGAGAGUGACGGCUGAAACCAAAAGUGGGAAACUAUUUUCUUUACCCACUAAAUUGACAACACUGAAGUUCCUGGUGGCACAGGAUAAGAAACCUGUUAAAUACCCACAAAUACAGUUGCCCAUGCACCUGGAGGGCAUAUUGUCUAGAUAUAACCUCCCUGUAACUAUCCAAUCUGCCAAGGCUUUAUCUUAUAAGCAGAAAGGAGAUAUGACAUCUCAAGAUGAAAUGCUUUCUGAGCUGACAUUGCAGGAAACAUAUGAAGAACCUUUUCUAUUAGGACAUCCCAUUGAUAAAGGUAAAAUAUUUACAAAAGAGCCAACAACUAUUCCAAUGUACAUGAUGGAGCUGAAACUGGUGGUGGCUACAGGACUUCUACAGGAAAACCCUGAGAGAUGGAAUGAGAUAUGUGACUUGAUGACUAAACAAGUGGAAGAUCAAGGCAGCUUCGCAAACAUCACUCUUGAUGAAAUAUUUAUGUUAGAUAAAAAGAAUGUAUCUACACAAAAACCCAUGUACAACGUCAUUGAGCCAAUAUAUAUCGACCUCAGUGAAGUCAACAGUUGUAAGAAUCAACCUCUAGAAAAGUGCAAUAUGUAUGAAAUGCAGCCUAUCCUAGACUCAAAGCAGACUCGUAUGAAUCAUAUGACUCAACCACAAGCGAAGACUGAGACUUUGAAAUCAAAAAUCUUUGCAACGAUCAGUGAUAUCCCAUCAGAUCUUCACACUCUGACUGUGCAGCAAGUAUGUGAGUGCCUGAAAUGUCUCAACAUGAGCCAAUAUGUGGAAGCUUUUCAAACAGAACAGGUGGACGGUGAGCUUGUAUAUGGCCUUAACCCAGAGAUGAUGAAAAACUAUUUGGGCAUGAAUGAACUUCACGUUGUAAAACUCUUGAAGUUUCGGGAUGGGUGGAGACCCAAUCUGGAGGGUUAGCAGGAGAAGUCCAAACUGCAGCGUAAACACUAUAGUAGUUGCUUUCUAAUAUAAACAAGUUUUCAUAGGUAGUGAGUGGUGCUUUUUACAUUUAUUUUUUGCAUUAAUUUAACCAUUUUUGAAGUGAUUCAAAAAUAUAUAUGUACUGUGGUCACCCAAUGCAUUGCGGUAUCCUCAUCCAGUGGUGAAUUUUUGAAAGGCCUUCGAUAGGACUUUUCACAGAUCCUGGAAGGUGUGUUAGUAGAGUGCACAUGUGGGCAGGAGAACCCACACUUUUAACUGAGACACCUUUCUCCACACUGGGCGUGUAUGAGCUGACAAGGUCAUUGAAUUGUUAUUGGUACUGUGCAUGUGCAAAACAGUACAUGCGCUGUACCACUUUUGAUGAUGGAUCACGGAUGGGUAAGUACAGCAUAACGCCAUCUUAAGAUGGAGUUAUGCUUUUAUUUAAAACAGUAAUAUACUAUUGAAUUAUCGGCCAGUCACUUUCGCAUACUUGUUUAUGGAGAAACAAACUUAGGUGAAAACUCGGAGGUCGGAGAAGAUAUUUUAGAUUGUAUAUCCCUCUACUUGAGUAGUCUGAAGCUGUGUGAUAUAGCCUCUUAUCACUGAUAAAGGGCUUUUCACAGCUUUUGCCCUAAAUGCCGAUUUGAGUAUUGAAGACUGAAUUAAUGUGGUUUGCAGUCACAGUCAAUAUUCCUUAUGAUGUUCUGCUCAAUGGUUGGUAUUCAAUUCUUUUCACCCCUUCCACACCUGUCCUGUUUCUGCUGACGGGCGUCGUAUAAUCAUUUAAGCUUGCUACCCCUGGGGUAGCGAGGGCGACCAGCUUACCAUGGGUGCGAUAUGCGUGAUAAUGGUUAUCACUUUAGACAGGAGAUUGGGCGUGAUACAGUAUAUCAUUUGAAUACCGCCCAAUGGGGGUCAUUCCGAGUUGUUCGCUCAUUGCCGAUUUUCGCAACGGAGCAAUUAAGGCGAAAAUGCGCAUGCGCAUGGUACGCAGUGCACAUGCGCUAAGUGUUUUAGCUCAAAACUUAGUAGAUUUACUCACGGCCGAAUUAAGAAUUUUCAUCGUUGAAGGGAUCGGAGUGUGAUUGACAGGAAGUGGGUGUUUCUGUGCGGAAACUGACCGUUUUCUGGGAGCGUGCGGAAAAACGCAGGCGUGACAGGAUAAAACGCGGGAGUGUCUGGAGAAACGGGGGAGUGGCUGGCUGAACGCAGGGCGUGUUUGUGACGUUAAACCAGGAACGAAAUGGACUGAGCUGAUCACAGUGUAGGAGUAAGUCUCGAUCUACUCAGAAACUGCUAAGAAUUUUCUAUUCGCAAUUCUGCUAAUCUGUUGUUCGUUAUUCUGCUAAGCUAAAAUACACUCCCAGAGGGCGGCGGCCUAGCGUGUGCAAUGCUGCUAAAAUCUGCUAGCAAGCGAACAACUCGGAAUGACCCCCAAUGUGUAAGAAUUAGCCAUAAACAUUGCAGACUCAUGUCAGGAAUUCUAGCAUGCAGAUUUAUAUUCAUCUCCUUUGGUCUUUUCUGAUGUUCUUUGGUAAUUUUCCUGACCUACUGAGAGUGUCCUUUAUGGAAUAGGAAAUAGAUUUAUUUUGCUGACCUAACCAUAAACAAUAUGUCAUUUUUGCAGUAUCCAGAUGAAAGAUCGACAAUGUAUAGGUCGACAGUCAAUAAGUCAACACCAUAUGUUUGGCAUGAAUUAGGUCAACAAGUACAAAAUGUCAACAGAUAAAAGUCAGCACUGCUUAAGGACGACAGGUGCAAAAGGUUGACAUGAAAAUGGUCGACACAUAAAUGAUCAAUACAUUUAUUUCACAUUUUUACAACAUUGAUAUGGUUGGGGUUUAGACACUAGGUGUAGGGUUAGUGCUAGGAUUCCAGAUAGCACACUCAGGGUUAGGCAUCAAGGGGGACAGUUAGA